CCCCGAGGAUGAGGGGUCUAAUCCAUUUCAUUAUAACUGGUGAAGAGGGAAGGAUAACUUUUGCAUAGAAUACAAGACAGUAGAGCAAUCUCUGCCUCAAUGCCCUCAGCAAUCACCUCUACUCUGCUUCUCUCUUCAAACCUCAGAUCCCUCUCCAAACCAAGCUUUGGCAUUGCACCUUCAACAUGCCCAAAAAGCUUCCACAGUCUCACUUCUCCGCUGCUAAAGCCUCUCAUCUUGAAAUGCAGCAGUAACUCCGAGGAGAAAGAAACAAGCAACGACUUGAAGGACGCCCUUUCUGGUAUUGUUGGCAAGCAGGUUGAGGAGCUCUUGAACAGAGAAGAGAAUAAGGGCUUGCUUGAUGGAUUGGAGAAGGCCUCUCAGCGAGUAGAGAUGGCUAAGAGACAGCUUGUGGAGAUUGAAAAGCAAGAACUUGAAGCUCAAUUUUUGGGAAAUUACAUUAACCAACUAGAAGCCAGGGCGUCUGAGAUUGCAGAGUGUCAGAAAGAGAUCUCACAAGCACGAGCCAUGGUUGAAGAAGCAGAACGCUCUCUUUCACUUCAUGCAGAUAAUGUAGAAGAUAGAGAUGCUUUCAAGAGCAAAGAUGGUGAAGGAAUUGAUAAUGAUAAAGAGAGAUUGGAGUCUGUAAAAGCAGCUUUGGUAUCUGCAGUUGUUGGCACCCUUGCUGGGCUGCCCAUCUCCUUAACCCAAGUUUCAAGCAGGACUCAGCUGCUGCUCCCUUUAUCAGCCACUUUUAUCAGCUGUGCAUUGUUUGGGGUAUUCUUUCGAUAUGCAGUUAGGAGAGACUUGGACAAUUUCCAGCUGAAGACCGGGACAUCUGCAGCAUUUGGUUUUGUGAAAGGUCUUGGUACAUUGGCUGGAGGGUCACCUCUGGAGCUGGACCCUGGAAGCUUCUUGUCGCAUGCUUUUGAUGGUGCAGUGUAUGUAUCUCAGAAUCUUAUCAUCUUUUUAUUUGCUGCUGUUGGCUUGGAUUUUUGCUUUAAAAUGAGGAUUUUAAGUCCAUUUCCCAUGAAAAGAUCAGCUCCAAAUACAAAUACAAGAUGAUCAGAAGCCUCAAAGUGUAUUUAGACUCUGUAUAUAUGGUGCAUUUUGACUGCAUUUUGCGACACACUUGGAUCACAUUUUUUUUUCCCAUGGAAACACGAUAGCUGGUAAAAACAAGAUGUUCCAUGUAAACAAGAGUUGUCAGCAAAGAGUUGAAAUCUUGUCUUGUAUAUCCAUGGUUUGAUGCAGUCUUAGUGGUUCAUCAUCACUGGACAAAGUGCAACCAAUAUACUCUUUUAAAGAUCAUUAUCUUAAUUUAAUGUACUUGUAGUAAACUGCUUAACAUAGUGGGUGCUAAAGCGUAUGGCAAACCUGAUCAACAGUUACGUAAACUGGUUUAAAAUUCAGCCACUCUUGAGACAGAUCAAUUCAAAAUCAUUCAAUUUAAAUUGAUUUGGUAGUGCCUUCAAAAUUUAUGCACGAAGGGCAAUUUGUCAUAUGGAAGCUUGUUCAUUGCAUCUUCAACAUGCCCGAAAAUCUUCCACAGCCGCUGAUGCAAGCAUGUGGAGCAACCGUUCGACAGAGGAGAGGAUGAGAUGGGCUUUAGAUAUGGAUUUGGAAAGGCUCACGCAGAGCUUGUAGAGAUUGAAAAGUAACGACUUUUGACUUGAGACGAGAUACCAGCCAGAGGCAAAAA